UCCAUAUCCGCCUUCAUUUCGAAGUAUUGGCGGCAAGAUGGCGGAUGCCGACAGAAAAGUCUGACAAGGUUUCUAGUUUCAAACUGUAAGUGUAAGACAAGAUACUGAAGUGCCAGUGUAACAAUGUCGCGGGACCGUUCCCACUUGAGUCCGUUUGGAAACGAGCUGGAGGAUUUCGCUCCGGUUGCGGGAUGGAGGGACUCUACUGUAAACAUGACCGCCUCGGACAUACCAGGGGAUCCGAUAGCCGCAUCGACGGUCAUGAGACCAACAGGGGGUCAAAGAGAUAACAGUGACGUCAGAGGGUCAUUCAUGGAAACUGCCAGCUGGCAAGGUGGAAAUGGACUUGGAAAUGACAGUAGCAAUGUGGAUGACUUCAUCCGUUCCCACCGGCUGUCUGGGAUGCUGCAGCACAUUGACAUGUCCGGCCUGUCUAUAGGGAGUGAUCCCAACCCAGCUAACAUCACGGGAUCCAGUGAUCACACCCUAGAUGGGACCACCAGCUCGCUUGGAAUCAUACAUCUGGACAGUGUUCAUGACCUAUCAGGAAGUCUGGUUCACGUUGAAGAUCCUGCAAAAACACCUGUGAGAGAGGAUCAACUGGACCGAACCUUGACCCCUGACCCCUCAGGUCACCCAGAUGGUCCCCCUCCACCCUUCGAUGCCAUGAGAGGCAGAGGUGCAGGGGAGGAUGUCCACAUCCCUUCCCACCCCCAGUCAGCCUUCUGGCCUGUGCAUGACACAGAGGACAGGAGGAUUUCUGCCGGUAGUGAGCUAGGAAGCAACACCACGGACAUGUCCAUCUUCAGCCACAGGGACAGCAGCAUCCUGCCUCUGGACAACUUUGACCUGCUGGAGGAGGAGCUGGACCGCAUGAACCAGACUCAGGAUGAGGAUGGGGAGGGGGAGCAGGACUUCACCAGGCAGAAUGGUGAAGCCAGAGACAGGGCUCCAGAGUCACCCCCACACAUCGCCUCUACAGCUGAGCCAUCUAUGUUGAGAAGACUGUCCAGUGGAGAUGGGGAGGAAAGACUAUCUGCAGGUGCAGGGCCUGUCCCGCAAUCUUCAAGAGAUGACCACCUGUCUGCUGAUGACUACCAGACCAAUCAGGUCAUCCCUCAGGGAACCAGAGGCCCUGCCACUGGGAAAGACUCCGCAGAGGAGAGUGAGAUUGACACUGAAGAUGAGCUGGAAGCUGUCAGAAGGGAGAUGGCAGCUCGAGGAGAGUACCUGACCAAAGGACUGGACAGAGUCGGUGUAGGGGAGAGUGGGGAGAGCAAUGGGAAUGGGAAACCCUCCUCCCGGCCUGAACUGCUGGGACAGAACUCUGAAGGUGUGUCACCGCUGGACAACAUGAGGCAGUCAGCAGAGGGGGAUGUGGUCACCUCACCUGUGCCUGGUGACGGUGGUGGAGGGGGUGACGGCAGUAGUGGGAACAGCAGCGAUGACAACAGACCAGUGCAGAUCGCAGGCGGCCAGGUGACUUUAGACGUUCUGCGCAGCCUCGGCAUGAUGCCUGCGCCCCAGGCUAGGAGGCCCAGCCAGGGCAGUGUCAGGGAUGCAGGGGAAAACGACGUGUCAGAUCCUGUCAGGGAGUCUAUUCCUGGCCAUGAAGAGGUAGAGAGAAUGGGUCCUGUAGGCAGUGGGGGUGGGGACCCCCCUGACGUGAGAGGAGUUCACUUUGCGAGUAUGGACGAGUACAGACAGAUCUCUCGCACAUCUUCCCUCUCAUCACAGAGUCAGGCACAGCAGGACUCCAGGGAGGGGUGGGAACAGGAGAACCAACAGGGCAACGGCCAGCCAUCCAACAAUGAAACAGGUGAUCAGACAUCCCUGCUGGCCUCCAAGUUUUUCCUGCCCACAUCCAGACCUUCCACCGACUCUGUCGUCAGCGAGUCUACAGCUGGUCCAUGGACGCAUGACGCCUCCUCCUUCCACCUGUCGGAGCUGCACACUUCUGGGAGGGAUCGAACGUCCGCUGAGCAGUUGGACAAUGACGACACCCUGGUUGGUUUGGAGAAGGAGUUUGGUGAUGGGGAGGAACAGGAGGAAGACUUGGCGGGGCAGCAGGAUGUAGAAAAUCCUUUUGACAUCAAUGAAGAGGACUUGAACUGGAGAACUGCUGGAGACUUUGGCAUGGAGAAUGGUGCAUUAAAGGGCCUUGACAAUCCGUUCGGUGCUGUAAGAUCGUCCCUGGGAUCGUUUGGUCUUGCCCCAGGUGAGGAGGAUGGGAAUGGAGCUGCGGUCGGGGACGUGACGUUCAGCCAGAAGGUGUCGUUUGGAGAAGGAGAGUUCUCCCAGCUGAUGCCGGGAAGUCCACGCAGCUCUGCAGGCGAUAGGUCUAGCAACAGCCGUGCAGCAGAACAGACCAACACUAGUCAGCAGGCCGAUGGUGCCGCUCCUUUUGAUCAUGUGAUUGUGUCCAAGUGUAAACAACUCUCAGUCGCUGUUGAUGAGCCCAGCCCUGUGUACAUAGAUGAGACUGGCCAUGGUGUCACAGACCUGGCCUUCCACCCAGAUAACCCGUUUGACGAUGUGGCACAGGACGGACUGGAAGAUGUGUUUGAGGAGCAAGAUUUUGUAGCUGCAGAAGAGGCAAAAGACAUGCUUGCCGAGGAUGAAGCAAAGUUUGAAAAGGACAACAUUUUUGCACAGGGAGACAACAUGGCCACCCCUGCUGCAGGUGCUGUGGGGCUGGGGGAGUGGUCCGUCCCCACGGGGUCACAGUUCGUGGUGGUUCAGGACAGCUUCUCAGGAGAGGAACCCUUCAUGAGGAUCUCCAUUGGAACCUUCAUCGGACAGAGGACUGAGGCACUGGGGGCCCUAGGAGAGGAGGGAGACACAGAAAGACCACACUUUGGCAGGACGAUAGUCACCCCACCGUCCAACCGCUUGCCUGUGGCGCUCAUCCGGCUGAGCGAAGUGAGUCAGGACCAGGGGCCCAAACUGGUGGAGCUGCUGGAGGAUGGAGCGGGGGAUGCUGGGAAGGGAGCAGGGGAUGCUGGGAUAGGGCCGCAUGAAGGGGAGGACCUGGACUCUACCAUCAGGUUUUCCGGCGUGGGGGACUAUGCACCAGAACAAGAUGACUCCCUCUACCUUCACGAUCAGACUCUCACACCAGGAUACCACCCUGAAGAGGAGACUCCCUACCCAGAGCGUGCCCGGCCUAAGCCUCACAUAAAACUGGUCAAUGACGACACCAUUGUCAUAGAGACCACACAAGAAGCGUUGGGACGGACACAGGACUUGUCAUCAGAUACGCCCAGGGCACGGCACGCUGCUGAGAAGACCACGUCAGUGCCCCAUGUGCCAAAGACUAAAGAUGGGGCAGAGAGGAAGCGGCAUCAAGCUAAGUCUGACCAUGCGGAGCCAGCUGUAGAGCAAAAAAGAACCCAACAGGGUAAGAAAGACGUCAGCAGCCAGCAAAAGUUACAAGGCACCAAACCUGCUGAUGACAAGGCUAAAGAUGACAAUCGUAGCACAAAAACAGAGCCAGACAGUUCAACACACAGCAGCGUUGCAGUCCCAAAUAAAGACUUAACAGCUGAUGACAUAAGUAUCAGUGAUAAGACCAUGGAUGCAAGCUGUGCGGGCCCGAACAUCAGCAGCAUUGCUUCUGCCAUCGUCAACGCCUCCGUCAGUGACGAUCCCACCAAGCUAGCCGACAUGAUCUUGAAACUGUCUGAGAAGACUAGCAAAGGCAGGGAUAGAAGAAAGGCACCUAAACAAGCUUCCGGAAAGCCAGCUGGCCUUGUUGAAAACAAAGUGCCGGGUAGUCAAGUGCCAAAGGAGCAAAAAGGUGUGUAUGGUGAAAAUAGACCAGUCAAAGGCUCUGUGGACAGAGCUGGUAGUAGUGACCGUAGACCACCAGCGAAGCAUCUUCCCAUAAGCAAUGUAAACAAAGCGAUGGACAAUAGAGAAAAGGACACAGCAAAGGUACUCCCUACUAGGAAGCAGCCUGAUGUUGCAGGACUGCCGGAUGACAAGAGAAAUGAGAGCGUUACUGCAGCGUCUGACACGUCAAAGCUUGGCUCUCCAACCAAACACAGGAGCAGGAUCCCUGUCAAGCAAGGUUCCAAAACCAAGUCUCCGACAAAGGUGUCUUUCCUUGACAGGUCAGAAAACGCUGACAAUGGUGUUGGAAAUAGAGUACCACAAAAGCUGGACAUACCUUACUCUGUUGAUAAGUCCUUUGGAACUGCUGGUAAGAAAGACAACCGCUCAUACAACCUGGAAAGAGGACAGGAAUUUGAAGGGUCUGGUCAACCAAGUGUACAGAAAUCCUCAACUACAGAUGUGCCUGAUGUCUCAGAUUCUGUUCAAGGCAUUCCAAGGGACGGCAAACAUUCCAGGAAAGCAGAUAUUCCAGGAAGGGACAGUUCAACAAAGGAAUUUUCCCAGACAAGGGACAGCAGGUUGAAGGUGGACCACAGUAGCAGACCAAAAAUGCAAGACGACAGUGUGAAUAGUGGAACAGUAAAAGACAAGUGGGAGACGAUGGAGCCUCUAUUGCGAACACGUGACCACAGCCCUUGUAGAAAAGCUGGCACUCAGUCUGCUGCAAAGGAUAGACCUCCCAGAAGUGGACAGGAAAGUUUUUCGCAAAACAACUUGAGUUUUAGCAUCAAUUCCAACUACGAUGUUGACAUCAAGUACAACUUUGACGUGGGGAAAGAGGAUGUUACUGUAGAGGGUUGGCCGUCGAGAAGCAAGGACAAAACAUCAGGUUCCAGAACCCUGUUCAGAGAGCGCUCACCCAUCAGGGAUAGGUCUCCUCGGAGGAGCGUCUCACCUGGCUUUGAUACAACAAAGGAGCAUGGGAAGAGAGAUAGCCACCAUGGCAAAAGUGCAAGGAGAGCUCACAGUCCACAGAGGGACUUCCAUGGUACACAUUCCAGGCCUGAUCGCGACUCAAAUCUUCAACACGACCACAGAAAAUCGUCCAAUGAAGCAUCGCAGAAGCAGAAGAUGCCAUCAGACGUCAGGCAAAGUAGUAGCAGUAGCAGUAGGACAAAAACAAAUGGACUUGAUUUUGACACUGCUGCUCAGACCAGUAAACCAAAGAAAGCGGUUAAGCUCCACAAGUGCAUUCUGCCUGGAAUAGAAAUUGAGCCGGAACCAACCGUGCCCAGAAAAAUUGAAGCAAGUCAGCAGCAAAUUCAAAAAUCAUCGCCAAAAGCUGGAGCUGACAAACCCAGAAUGAAAGAUACCAGUAAAGUGAAACCAAGUGCGCAGAAAACACAGGCUGACGGUGUUCCUCAGAAAGAAUCUCGAAGAACAAUGAAGGAUUUCGAUGUUUCUAUGAACCUCCCGCCCGGUGUAGCAACAAGCAAUGAAGAUAAUAUCUUGUCCCCCAAAGCCGAGGACUUGGAGCUUCACCUGAAGAUGGCAAAUCUAAGAACCAGAGGGGACAAAACCUCUCCUGCACGAUCCACCAGUUUUGGGGCUCCACUCUCUCCUACAAGACCUCCUGUCUCACCCCCUAGAGACUCCAUAGCUUCCGUCCACUCCACCAUCCAGCCAUCCGCAAGCUCCACACCCCAGUCUCCAUCGUCUCCUGGUAAAACUCGUUCGAGAAUCGAGAUGAGUCAGACCUUCGGAGACUCCACAACCUUCAACUUCUCCCCAGACAACAGCGUGUCGUCCUUGUCUCCCACUCUCAGUCAUGUGUCUCCUACACCCGGCAGAGCCGAGGCGUCGGUGUUAAGCGUGCAAGACACCCCAGGAGAGACGCUGCUUAUGAGACUGUCCGGUGCAACAUUGUCCGAGAACCCUUCCGUUACCGGCGCGCCCUCGCCAGGCCGGCCUAUGAUCACCCCUUUUCAAGCCUAUCCUCAGACCAGUGCCGUCGCCGCCACCACCACUCCCACCCUCCUCACAAGCAGGUCCCUCUUUACCAACCCAGUUGCUGUGCAGUACCUCCAGUCAAGACCAGUCAGUGGGAUGGGUGGGCACACCACGACGGUAGCAGCCUCCGGCAUGCAACAGCCAUACACGUACCCUCCCCAGCCCGCUCCGCCCUACCCAGGAAUGUACCCACCAACCAGUUCCCUUCACCCAGCUUACCCACCAGGUAUCCAGCAGUACCAGCCUUAUGCAGAAGGGAUGGCAGCCUCUGCCUACCCUCCUACUACACACUACCAGGCCCACCCAGGUGUGCGCUUACCUUACGGUGUGGUUCCGCCUGUAGCAAUGGGUAUCCCUGGUCCCCCUCCCAGCAGUCUUCAUGGUGGGAUGCCUACAACAGUUCCAGGUGGUAGUAUGGCUUCCAAUGUCAAUGAGGAUCCACAGCAAGGCAUGAUGACUCAUCAGCUAGCUCCAAGCAGGACCUCUGGAUCCAGAGCAUCAACAACCCCAACAGAAGAUGUGAGUAACAGGGUGAUUUCUCCUACUGAAAAGCAGGGAGGAAUAGCUCUGCUACCGGUCCAGAGCAUCGACAACUUCUACAGAAGAUGGUCCAGAGCAUCGACGACCCCUACAGAAGAUGUGAGCUACAGGGUGAUCUCUCCAGGUGAAGUCAGGUUCCCCGGAGUGUGCUGUGUGGGGAUUGGAAUCCAGGCACUGCUGCCCCUCCAUAACCCCACCAGCCGCUGGCUACAGUGUGCGCUACAAGUGCUGUCAAUCAACGCAAAUGGAGAACACCAGAUGAUGCCAGCAGCUGACAACAUCUUCCAUCUGAAGCAGAAGACCAUCAUUGGCCCUCAUACAACAGAGGAGAUUAAGGUGCUGUUCACCCCCCACCACCCUGGUGUGUAUGUGGCCCAGGUACAGGUCAGCUCCUGCCUGGUGUUGGCCAACUCUGAGGAUGCAGCCGUCAUAGACCACAUGCCGUCCAUCGUCAACGUACAGGCCAUAGCUGAGAAACCUUUCAUACAGGUGACUACCGGCGAGUCAGAUGCUCUGAACUUUGGUGACCUGCCAGGCAGCAGCACGGUUUGUCUGCCGAUCAAGUUGACCAAUCACACCAGAGCAAGCGUACCUGUGCGCCUCAUCCUCUCGUCCAGAAACCAAUGCCUACAGCCCUUUGGCCAUACCUAA